CUGCUGCAGCGUCCAGCUGCCAAACUGGAAGGUCCAACCUUCUGAAAGGUCCUCUCAUCUCCCCCACAGGGGGUUUGGAUUCUUUUGUCCUCCCAGUUCACACCCACCUGUCGUCCCACUAUAAAGCAGCCGGGCAUCCCCCCCAAGCAGGUCAGUCCACAGACUCCUGACCCCCCACCACAGAGCAGCAUGUUCCACGCCAGCCCCUUACGCGGAUGGAUGCGCGCUCCAAGCGUGCACGGCGGAGCGGGAGGCUGUGGCACGCGCGUCUCCCUGUCCACCUGCGCCGGCUCUUGGGGGUCAGGACACGCGGACACGCCCGCGCACUGCAGCGAGAAGCUCACCAUGCAGAACCUCAACAUGCGCCUGUCCAACUAUCUGGAGAAGGUGCGCUCUCUGGAGGAGGAAAACAGGAAGCUGGAGCUGAACAUCCGGGAGCUCUGCCUGAAGAAAACAGUCGCUCCUCACAACUUCAGCAGAUACUUUGAGACGAUCAACGACCUGCGUGUGGAGAUCUCAAGGAGAUGCUCAGUAAACCAAAGCCUCACCCUCCAGGUGGACAAUCACAGACUGGCUGCAGAAGACUUCAGAAUGAAGUAUGAAAUGGAGCUCAGCCUGAAGAAAGCUGUGGACGCUGACAUGUUCCGCCUCAGGAAGGUCAGGGACGGCCUGACCCUCGGAAUCAGUGACCUGGAGAUAUUCGUAGAAAACCUACAGGAGGAAUUAGUGACUCUGAAAAAGAACCACUCGGAGGAGAUGCAUCAGCUGCAGGCGGGGCAAACCAGCACAGUGAAUGUGGAGGUGGAUGCUGCAAACUCAGUGGAUCUGACCGAGGUCCUGGAGAAGGUCAGGGUGAGUUAUGAAGCUGUGCUGAAGAAGAACAAGCUGGAGCUGGAGGCGUGGUACCAUUGCAAGAUGGAAAGUCUCCAGAAGGAGAUUGUUUCAUGCACAACAGAAGUGAAGACAUUUGAAACCGAACUGACAGAACUGAAGAGGACCUACCAGAGUCUGGAGAUAAAGUGGGAGUCCGUCUGUGCUGAGGUUCAGCUCCUGCGUGAGAACCUGGAGGAAGCAAAUUCUUUUUGCAGCAUUACGCUGAGUCAGCAGCAGGAGACCAUCUACUCACUGGAGAUGCAGCUGCAGGAGCUGAAGGUCUCGCUUCAGCAGAUGCAGGUGAAGUACAGCAUGCUGCUGCAGCUCAGGAUGAAGCUGGAGGCGGAGAUCGCUGAGUACCGGAGGCUGCUGGAGGGAGAACACCAAGAGAAAAAGAGAGAUGUGAUCAUUUGCAGAGUGACGGAGGAGGUGGAAGAGCCAAAGCACCACAUUGAGAAGAGGGUGAGGACCAUUGUGGAGGAGAUCAUCGAUGGGCAGGUGGUGUCCUCCUCUCAGAAAACCCAAGUGCAGACCAUUCAGUGACCUGCCUCCAGUGUCUGACAGCAGGAGAACUGUAGGCUUCUCUGGUCUGUUUCACUGGGAUGGCUGCAGAAAUCCGAAUCGUUAAAUCCCUUGUGACUUGGUGACUGUGAAACAAAAAUGUAAUAAAAGUUGAAAACA